AUGUCUUUGAAGGAAAAUGCCUGUCGAAAAUUUCAAGCCAAUAUUUUCAACAAAAGUAAAUGCCAGAAUUGUUUCAAGCCCCGGGAGUCGCAUCUGCUCCUGGAUGAGGACCUAAACCAGGCGAAGCCGAUAUACGGAGGGUGGCUGCUGCUCGCCCCAGAGGGAACUAAUUUUGACAAUCCAUUGCACAGAUCUCGGAAAUGGCAGCGGCGGUUCUUCAUCCUGUACGAGCACGGUGUUCUGCGCUACGCUCUGGACGAGAUGCCCAGCACUCUGCCCCAGGGCACCAUCAACAUGAACCAGUGCUCGGACGUGGUGGAUGGAGAGUCCAGGACGGGGCAGAAGAACUCCCUCUGCAUCCUGACCCCGGACAGAGAGCAUUUCAUUCGGGCCGAGUGCAAAGAAAUUAUCAACGGGUGGCAGGAGGCUCUGACCGUCUACCCCAGGACCAACAAACAAAACCAGAAGAAGAAGCGAAAAGUGGAUCCUCCAAAUCAGCAGGAUGGACUAACGCCAAACCCGUGUUUUUCCAUUGAAGACAUGAAUGGUCAUCCAGAGCCAGGCCCAGCCAAAGUGACGGUGACCAGCAGCAGUGUGGGCAGUGUCCCCUGUGUUCCCAGCAGCAUCGCUGGAGCAGAGCGAGUCCCGACGAGCCGCGCCUCCCUGUGGCAGGAGGAGAGCCGCUGGAGCCGCAGCCCCAUCCCCUGCAGCCGCAGCGCCUCCUGCAUCAGUCAGAUGAGCCAGAGCCAGCCGGACCCUCGGACCACCACGCAGGACGACGCUGGUUCCAUGAUCACUGGGCGCAAGAACCUGCCCCUGUCUUCGUCAGCGUCCUCUUCCUCUUUAGGAGGUCUCAGCCCCAGGUACUUCUCUGAGCCAGACCCCCUAACCCCCCAAGACUCUCUCCCUUCUCCAGGUGCCCUAGUUUCCCCUAGCUACUCUACCAUCAGCUCCUCUCAGAGUUCUCUGGACUCUGAGCCAUGCAGCAGCGCCCCCAUGUGGGAGGGCCAGAGUGGUGCGGUUAGCAGUGGGACAGGCAGAGUGGGCAGGACGGGCAGAGAGUAUGCUGUCCUGUCAGACGUGCCCCGGGCGCGGAGGUUCACCUACAGGGAGGCUUUCCGCUCUGACCAGAAGCAGCAGGAGAUCAGGGCGCGCACUCGGAGCCCCGGCAGAGAGGAAGUGGCCCGCCUGUUUGGGGAGGAGCGCAGGCGAAUCAUUGAACAUUUUGAAGAGAAUCAGCAGGUGGAGCGUAUGGACACCAGCAGCACCAACGACCCGUCCUCCACGCCCCUGACCCAGAGACAUGGCCGCAGCGAGAGACGCCUCAUCGUGAACAAACAUGACGUGUCGCUGGAUGCAGGAAAAGUGCCUGACAUUUCCAACUCGACUUAUGGCAACUUGAGAAGAGCCAAGUCUCUGGACCGGAGAGUCACAGAGUCAUCGAUGACGGUGAGUUCGACGCCAAACUCAAUCCAAACUCUGCUCUUUUAA